CCGUAUAAUAAUGACAACUGUGACAGAUUCACCGUAAUCUCAUUAUCCAACUUCUGCUUUAUAAAUAAUAUUUUGAAUGUCCUUUACGGAUCUAAAUUGCUGACAAUUUUAGCAACUCUAGGAAUAAAAUGGGUAAAAAUACUCCUAAGAAUGAAGCUGUGAAGCUGAACGUUGAAAAAUAUUUCAUGGACCUGUUGGAAAAUGACAAGAAUUUGUCGGCCGGAAUAGCGGCUAUAAAGACAUUACUGGUCUUGGUGGAGCGAACCGAUUUUGACACAAUUCAAGAGCUCCAUUCGACAAUCCGAAAUGCUGUCAAAGCUAUGCGAAAUUCCGAUUAUCCGAUAACGGCUGUGGUGUCCGGUAGUGAACUGUUUUCACGUUUCAUUACGCUGGGAAAAUUCGAUGACAAGACAAUGGACGAGUGUAAGGAAAUAAUGGUUCACCGGGGUCAAGUAUUUCUGAAAAAAUUGUUGGAUUCACGGGGUGUAAUAGCAGUUAAAGGUGCACAGUACAUCAAUGACGGUUGUAGAAUAUUGACCCACUCACGAUCAAGAGUCGUGCUGGAAACAUUGAAAUUGGCAGCAAAUUCAAAUAAACGUUUUCACGUUUAUGUCACACAAAGUACGCCUAGCAAUGACGGCGCACGGAUGCACUCUGAACUGGAACGAGCUGGUAUCGAAUGUACGUUAAUUCUGGAUUCAUCCAUUGCCUACGUCAUGGAAAGUAUAGACAUUGUGAUGGUUGGCGCUGAGGGAGUCGUCGAAAGCGGUGGCAUUAUCAAUCGAAUUGGUGCAUUUACAAUGGCAGUGUGCGCCCGUGAAAUGAAAAAACCGUUCUACGUAUUGGCUGAAAGUUUCAAAUUCACUCGACUGUAUCCGCUGAAUCAAUGCGAUCUGCCCAACGACUACAAGUACAACAAAAAACAAUUGGCCGGCGAUUUGCAACAAGUUCAUCCAUUAGUUGACUAUACACCACCCGCGUUCAUCACAUUGCUGUUCACCGAUCUUGGAAUAUUGACACCGUCAGCGGUCAGCGAUGAGCUCAUUAAAUUGUAUUUAUAGAGAAGCAGAGAAGCGCACAAAAUAAAAACCAUCGGCAAGCGUUGUUGCUCUGUCGCGAGUGCAUUUAUUG